UCAGGAAACAACAUUGUCACUGUUAAUCUGAAAACAUUUUGAUCGUUUCCUUGUGAUUUUAAUCUUAAUGUACAGCAAACGCUUGCCCGAAAUGUACGCUCUUGUUGGUGUAUUUUGUUUGACUCUAUUCUAUGGUGUCGCCAUGAGUGCUGCGCCGGCGUUUAGCGACAGGGACACCAACUGUGGCGGUGUUUAUAAGGGAGAUUCCGGCAUCGUCACGUCGCCAAAAUGGCCUUCUCGGUACACAAAAAAACGCCGCUGUGUGUACGAGAUCAACGUAUUGCCUGGCAGGACCGUAAACCUCCAGUUCUCCUCCUUUCACUUGCAGGCUCGUAAGAAGGGAAGGUGUCGGGACUGGCUGGAAGUGUAUAACGGAGACAUCCGUGUGGGCGGCCAGUUCUGCGCCAGAGAGAUCGCCGCCUCCCGUGUCUUCAAAUCACAUGCCAACCGGAUGACGGUUGUUUUCAAAAGUGACCGGAAACGCGGCUUCCCAGGGUUCAAGGGGACGUACAGCUCCGCCGGAUGUGGAAGUCCCGUCGUACCCAGGGCACCGUGGACCAAGAACAGCGGGAACAAGAUCGUGGGUGGAAACGAGGCAGCACCGGGAAGCUACCCGUGGCAGGCCUCGCUCCGUCAGUACGGGUACAGCGGGGGCUUCCACGUUUGUGGCGGGGCCUUGUUGAGCAACAGGUGGGUCGUCACCGCCGCACACUGCAUCGUCAACGGGCUACAGUGGGUUGUGCUCGGCGACCACGACCGACGCAAAAGCACAAAGGCGAAACAGACCGUCAAAAUCCAGAGGGUUUUCAAACAUCCCCAAUACAACGACGAUACGCUUGUAAACGACAUCGCCCUGCUAAAGCUCCAGUCCGCCGUGUCUGUGCAACCGGUUUGUCUCCCCGAUCCCGCCAAGGAGGACCCGGCCGGGACAGUCGUGGCCGUGACGGGAUGGGGCACAGUCUCGGAGGGCGGGCACACGUCAUCCGUCUUGCUACAAGCCAACAUGCCGGUAGUAGACGACAGCUACUGCGUUGACGUGUACAACAUCAUUGCCGACGCCUUAUAUGGCUUCGAUAAGAAAAUCGAUCCGAAGAUCAUGAUGUGUACCGGGUACCGCGAGGGAGGGGUGGACACGUGUCAGGGAGAUAGCGGCGGGCCAGUGGUGGUGUUCCCGCCGAAAGGGCCGGCUUACCUAACGGGGGUUAUCAGCUGGGGGUACGGCUGUGGUCGGGAGUUCAUCCCAGGGGUGAACGUGAGAGUGUCCGCCUAUGUGGACUGGAUCCGAAAUAUCAUAGACAGUAACUAGAAGAAGCCGUUAGUUUAGUAAAUAUGAUUUCAUUUCGUAAAAUUAUAAAGGUUAAGUUUUGGACAUUUUCAAAGUAUUUCUGAUUUUACAUGGCAUGGUGAUAUUCUACCAAUUGCCAUUUUCUAAAACCUUUCCUCGCUGUUUUUGUGUUAAAGUCCUCUUUUUAUUAUUUUUCUAAGCGCAUUUCUUCAUAACAUUUGAUAUGAAUGCUCAUUGGUCCUAUCGAAUGAUAAAAGAAAAAUGUUUCAGCAUACUUAACAUCAGGACUAAACCAAUGGUACCAUAGUAUGGCAUUGGGCCGAUUCUAUAACUCCGCCUAUCUUUGUCAAAACUAACAUUGAAAUGCAAAAUAGUAAUAUAUUGCAAAUGUGAGCCUAUAGGACGACAUGCAACUACUCUCUCAUUGGUAGAACAACUUAUUGGAAGGCUAUCAUUGGUUGAAAUUGUGAUGGAUAGUAAGGAUCGAUUUGUUGCGUCUUAGUAUAUGUGAUUUCUGGUUGUCUUCGCGUCCAAGUGUUCAUACAGUACCUUAAUAUUCAGAAUUUCAACCAUCGCCGAGCCAUGGCUAGAUUAAGAAUCAGUGAUCAUCCCCUACAAAUUGAAGUGGGAAGAUACAACCAGACUCCUCCGAAUAAUAGACUCUGUACACUUUGUAACUCCAACCGUAUAGAGAAUGAAGUCCAUUUCAUAUUAGAGUGUUCUUUAUACAAUGACAUGCGCAACUCUUUUAUCAGUGCUCUGAAUGUAGUAGAUACACGAUGUAUAGAGUUAACCAACGACAACCUGU